AUGCCAUUCCCUUUGUCUCCUGGUACCCACAGCGGAGGUGACAGUGAAGGUGGAGAGAGCAUCAGAGCACGUGCAACCACACACCCUUCGAUGCUAUACAAACCUUCUAGUUCUGCACCCUACUUGCAUACUUGCCACUCGGAGCCAUCGUCUGCCCGCUCCGAUUCUGAGGUGGUGCACCUCGUGCGCCUUGACUCAGGGCAUAUUACCCCAUAUUAUCGAGACCACUCACGGGUGACCAUUUCUCCACCACAAUCCGCGGGGAUGGCCACGACUCGUUUGGCCGCUCUACCCUGGCCGAUGGCAUCGUGGUGGACCCUCGCCGACGACAAAAAGACGGUCCGUGUUGGCGCCGGCAUGCUUGCCGAUUCGAUAGUGCGUGUAAAGGUGUAUCCGGACCUCAAGAUGCUGAACGGGUAUAUCGGGUUCCCGAUUAUAAAUGCCGAGGGCGUGCUUGGAAAAUUUGGUGAACAUCAACAGGGCGAAGUACCAGAAGAGUUCAACAGUGAUAUUACCUGGGCGCCAAUCCUACGAAUCGGGCCCGUCGUCAGUUUCUUCUUUUUGUGGAUGGCCAAGGUAAUGAAUGACCUGAUUGCCGAGUGGGUAUACGAGGAGGAGCUCAAAGGCCUAGGAACCGUCGUGUUCAAUACGGUCAAGGAAAUUAAGUAUUAUAGUUAUGCCCCUUUCUGGUACUUGUAUACUCUGCAUAUCUUAUAA